AUGGGAAACUGCAUCGUCGCGGGUGCCCGUGGAUCGCUAGGCUUUGUUCCUAGCCGCAUGUAUUCUGGAAAAAAUUCGAGCGAAUCGAUUCAGGAAGAGACGGCUUUAAAGCCCGCCACUAAAAAACAAAUGGUCCGCUACUACCGAUGCAUCCAGGAAAUUGAAAAAACAACUACUGGAAUCGUCAACAUUUUCAACGAUGCAGCUGAGAAUGUCGACAAGACUGACGAAUUCAACAUCAUUCUCCAGUCCUUGCUUACCCGUCUGUUGGAUCUCCAUAAAGAUCUCAAUCUUCUCAUCCAACUUUCGUUCUACAAAAUCGAUUUCUCUGUCCACGAGAGAAAAGAUCUUGCUGAGAAGAUCAAACUUUUGGUGAGCAACUUGUGGAAUGAUAUCAAAGGAACUCUCGAGGGAAAUCCAUUUGGUUUCGCUGAGAUUGAAAUCAAAAUGGAAAAUCUCGUCAAGCAAACUGGAGAUCUCAUCAAAAUUAUUCCAGAUAAGUUAAAUGGGAAAAACUAUAUCUACACAGAUGAUCCAGAAAACAAAGAUAUUGUUGAGGCUUGCAAGCGAGAACGUUCCAAAAUUUUGGAAGAAUUGGCUGAAUUGAGAAAGCGGAACUUGGCAAACCCAGAAGAUUUUCAAAAGUUGAUUUCUAUUUUAGAAGAACUCGAGAAUCUUCUCAAUGGAUUUUUCACGAUGAUAUCAGAAGUGGAAGUAGAACAGUCAGUUGUGGAAUAUUAUAAAAAUAUUGAACUUGAAUUUGAAAAGUUGUGCAAAAUUGUUGGAAAUAACGACUAUCAACGGAUGCUUAUGCUUCAAGCAGAGACUAAUUUCCAAUAUGACAAAAGUGAGAUAAUGCUAGCUGCAGAGAAAGAUCGUGUGGAGGACCAAUUCAUAGGUACAAUUUUUCACGCUAAACAAGCCGUAGAAGCAGUUUUGAAAGCUGUAAUUGGAAUAUCAAAGCAAGCUUUUGAUUUGAAAAGAGGAGGUCGGUUGAAGCGACACGCUCGACUCAUUCUGAUAGAAAAAAUCAAGCACGUCAACUUCUUAUUGGAUUCUAUGAACUCCGCUACUGACUCAAUUCUCCGUCCAAUAGACUAUCAUGUAGAGAAAGCGGAAGAAUGUCAUGAGGUGGCUAGGAGAAUCAAAGAUGCCACACUCCAGUUCACAAGUACUUUAAAUAAACUUGAAGCUUCCCUGAAUGAUGAUCCAAUUGAUCGAACUCCAGAAGUUCUUCAAGAAAUAAAGAGCAAAAAUAAUGUAUUGGGUGACCUGAUCGGAACGUUUCCACAACUUCACAAAAGCAACUACAAGCUACAGGCAAUUGAGAAAAGCAUGAGGAAUCUAACAAAUAAUUGA